AUGAGAAUCGAGACUUGCUACUUCUGCUCUUCGCCGGUGUACCCGUCCAAGGGUAUAACCUUUGUGCGCAACGAUGCAAAGGCCUUCCGAUUCUGCAAGAGCAAAUGCCACAAGAACUUCAAAAUGAAGCGCAACCCCCGCAAGCUGGCCUGGACCAAAUCCUUCCGCCGCGCGCACAACAAGGAAAUGACUGUCGACUCAACCCUCACCUUCGCCCAGCGCCGCAACGUGCCCGUGCGAUACAACCGCGACCUCAUCCAAACCACCCUCAAGGCCAUGGGCCGUGUAUCCGAGAUCCGGCAGAGGAGAGAGCGCGCAUUCUACAAGGCGCGCAUGCGUGGCAACAAGCAGAGGCAGCGUGAGGAGGACAGGAAGUUGGUUGAGGAGAACCAGCACUUGCUGCCGCCGAGCGAGAGGUUCGCCAAGGAGGAGGUUGAGCAGGAGGAGAUGGAGGUUGAUGUGCAGAAGGUCAAGGAGAAGGUCGCGGCUAGGAGGAAGGAGCUUGAGGCUGAGGAGAGCGAGCUCAGUGAGCUCGAGGAGGAGCUGCCCAAGCAGAAGACCAAGACGAAGAAGAUGCUGAAGAGGAAGGUUGGUGGCGGCGUUGAGGCUAUGGAUGUUGACGAGUAG